CGACCACCGUAGCCAAUCCUCUCGCAGUUCCUUACCUGUCUCGCCUCGUAUCAAAUAGAAAAACAGUCCUUUAAAUUUUCAGCCAAUAAGCGCGGAGUGUGGCUGCCGAGGCAGGACGGCGGUGUUCUGCCGAGCCGAGACCGGCUAUCAGUGCGUCUGUGUCACCCAGGCGGAGCGGCUGGGCUCCUUUGUUCUCCCGUAGCUCAUGUGAAACCCGUGUAAUUGUUCAAUAGAGACGCCUUCAUUGUCUUAAUUUGCUCGUUAUUUACUGUUUGUUUACUCCACGCACCACACAGGAUCAUGUCCGAGCGAGGGGUGUGCAGGGAGGCGAGCCACGCCGGCAGCUGGUAUUCCGCCUCAGGAUCCCAGCUGAACGCGCAGUUGGAGGCCUGGCUGUCUCAGGCCCCGCCCACUAUUCGACCUGCCAGAGCCAUCAUAGCACCGCAUGCUGGGUACACCUACUGCGGCGCGUGUGCGGCACACGCCUACAAGCAAGUGGACCCCACAGUUAUUCGCAGGGUGUUCAUCUUGGGGCCCUCGCAUCAUGUGCCCCUCUCCCGCUGUGCCCUCUCACCGGCUGAGAUAUACAGAACGCCGCUGUACGACCUGAGAAUCGACCAGAAGGUUUAUUCUGACCUUUGGAAGACAGGCAUGUUUGAGCGGAUGAGUCUGCAGACCGACGAAGAGGAGCACAGCAUCGAGAUGCACCUGCCAUACACGGCGAAGGCCAUGGAGAGCUGUAAAGAUGAGUUUGCCAUCGUUCCGGUACUGGUGGGUGCUCUAAGCGAGUCCAAAGAGCAAGAGUACGGGAAGCUGCUCAGUAAAUACCUGGUGGACCCCGGUAACCUGUUUGUGAUUUCGUCCGACUUCUGUCACUGGGGUCAGCGGUUCCGCUACACGUACUACGACGAGACCCAGGGUGAGAUAUACAGAUCCAUUGAGCACCUUGAUAAAAUGGCUGUGUCCGAGCUGCGCAGGAACGGGGCCGACAUGAGCUUCUCCUUCCUCAACUACGCCCAGUCCAGCCAGUGCCGCAGUUGGCAGGACAGCUCAGUUAGCUAUGCAGCCGGGGCCUUGGUGGUCCACUGAGGAUCCCCCGAACCACACCGCCAACGCAGCCUUGGUUCCACCCCGACCUUCGCUGUGCCCCCUCCGAUACCCCCCCUUCCCCCAGAAAAUAGUGGAAGCCCCUGUUCAGUAACCUCCUAACGGGUAACUGGUUGUAGGUGGGGAAUCGAGGAACCGAUGCAGCCUUAGACCCCCACUGGCACCCUGUUUUCAGUGGACUCUCCAGCCUUCUGGGUGAAAUAAUGGCUUUGAUGUGGAGUACUUUGUGAUGCAAUGGGUGCAGUUUUUACUUUUUUUUUGUUUUGUUUUGCUGGCAGGAUUCCAGAGCAGGGAAACAAGAUCCAUGCACUGCAGACUGAUGAAAAACGGUUUAUUCAUGCGUGGGGCACUCUGCCGAAAUGCUCACGUGCACUCUGCUUUAAACAGGAGAACACUUUCUGGGGAAGAAAUCAAAGCCAUUUGCGUGAAAAGGGGACAAAUGUAUGUAAGUUAGCUAAUGUUGGAUCCACUUAAAACCCAAGGAAAGCAGUGCAGGUGACUUCUACUGUGGCCAAUACUGUGGUAAUUAUUAACAAAGGAUUUUAUUUAAGGAAGGCCAGUAGCAGACUAUUUACUGUAGUCUGCAUACUAAAAAUGUCUCUUUUGAAGAAUGUUCUAGCCAUUUAACAUUAGCCAUUUUUACAGCAAUGUAAGAUUUCCUCCCUUUUUCCUGUUGUUUGCUAUGGUUGUUUUAUGAUAGUUUUUAAGUUGAUCUGCAAGCAGCUGGUAGUACAUCCUUGGCACGUAGUUGAGGGCUGUGAGUGUGAAGGUAUUCAUUCAUCCACAGCCAUUAAUUGUUUUACUGAAGUUGUUGCGCUGGCUCCUCCUGGUACAAAUUGCCCAGUUUGGAAUUUUCUAAAAUUUCAACAUUUUCCAGUUUUAUUUUGAUUUUCAUUUUCCUCACUUAUCCUAAAAUUUCUUUGCAGGGGAGAACAUGUGACUGCUUUUACCCUCUGAAAUCCAACAUGGCAGUUGGAAGCACCCAAACAGAGUACAAAUGUGAAACUGACUUGAAUUAAGUCACUUCCACAAGGUUUACAGCUCGUGUCUGGUGUUCUUGAGUGUCGGUGAUCAGCAACAAAAUCAGGAACACUGCAGGUGUUUAUGGGAUGAACGAACCGGUCAGCAACUGCCGAUGAACAGGAGUUUGUGGAGACACCAUGGUUAUUUUCACUCAUUUUAUAUUCAUUUUAAUGUAGCUUAAAGUUAAUAUUAAAAUGCGACUUUGGAGCUGUGAACAAUGUGUUCAGGUCCCAUUUUUAAAGAUGAGGAACCAGUGCAUUUCAGCAGUACAAUAUACAAACAUAUAAACAGUAAACCUUAUGGGAGUUUGAUUUUUGAUACUCAUCAGGUUCUGGUAGUAUCUUCAAUAAAUAACGUGAUCGCAUUAGUGCACCCAUUCAGGGUAGUCGUAGAGGGUGCGGAGAGACGCUGCUCUGCUGCUUGGGGUAGCGAUGCCGCACCAACGACGACCAACUCAACACAGAGUCAACAGACUGUGCAUCUGUGCCUUUGGUUGCAGUUACACAUUUCCUGUGAAAGAGCAACCGCAUCUGCCAGCUCACCUGUCCCAUCACGCCAUCCCUCCCCUCUUCCCCACCUGUGCUGAAAAUGUACAUCCUGGCUAUCGCAUUGGCCGGUGACGUUGUUUUCCAUUAAGGGUGACUGGUUGUUUGUGCUGAUAUGUUUCUGUUUACAUUUUAUUGCAUAUAGAAUAACACGGCAAACGUGGAAUCAAAACCACUACAUGGUAGCGGAAAAGCAAAACUGAGUUGCUCUUGUGGACUUGUACUAUCUCAGGUUCAACUGAUUCAGCAUCCUGGUCUGCCCUGCUGAUAUG